UCUGCCCCCUGAUCUCUUUGUGUGUAUGCGCGCGGGGUGUAGUGAGAGGGAGACGGCGACGUCGUGUGCAACGCAGGACAACAUACGAAAAAAGAUUAGAAUAACGUUACAGAAUUUAUUAAUUUAUACAUAGUUGUCCCAAAAAUACACAAACUAUUGAAAGAAAAUUUACAUAACGCUGUAUUAUACUGUUUUAAUACAGUGGAAUCAAGUUACUGGGACAUAAGAACUCCGGAGGCGAAACGGAUUUGCUUGCCAACUUUCUGUAAACUUUAUUUUGGUUAGCUUGGAGUUUGGCUAACUAAAUUUAAAGUUUGCAAUAAUGUCUGGAAGUGAGGAUGAUAGAGAUGAUUUUGGACCCGAAGACCGGUCGAUUCUGCACGAUGAGGACGACGAGGAGCUGUCGGAGACUGAGGCUCCCAAGGUGAAGAAAAAGAAGAAGGCCAAGAAGAGCCGUGAAAGCAAAAGCAGCAAGAGACGUUCUCGCAGAGAGGAUGUGCCAGUCAGCUCCCCAGAGGCCAUGGAGGUGCCCGAGGUGGAGGCCGAGGAGGAGCGAGGAGUCCGCGGCUCAGACAGCGAGGGCAGCGACUACAACCCCGGCAGGAAGAAGAAGAAGAGGACGAGUGCGGGGAGGGAGAAGAGGAGGAGCAGCACGGGCGCAGAGAGGAACUCUGGAGGCUCCUCCGCCUCCAAGAGGAAGGACCCGGAGCCCGAGGAGGAGGAGGAAGAGGAAGAUGACGACGACAGCUCGGAGCCAAAGACAUCGUCCCAGCUCCUGGAUGACUGGGGCAUGGAGGACAUUGACCACAUUUUCAGUGAGGAAGACUACCGCUCUCUCACUAACUACAAGGCUUUCAGUCAAUACGUCAGGCCCCUCAUCGCAGCCAAGAACCCCAAGAUUGCCGUGUCAAAGAUGAUGAUGGUCCUGGGGGCCAAGUGGCGAGAGUUCAGCACCAACAACCCGCUGCGAGGCUCUGCUGCCGCCAACGCAGCCCUGGCCACCGCCAACGUCUCAGCCGCUGUGGACAGCAUGGUGGCAGAGGUGGUGCCCCCUGCUCCUGCCCCUGCUCCUGCCCCGCCCCCAACCAUCGAGCCCCAGCCUCCCCCCGCACCACCCCUACGCAAGGCCAAGACCAAGGAGGGCAAAGGUCCGAAUGCGCGUAAGAAGUCCAAGGCGACUCCUAAACCCCAGGAGAAGAAGAAGCCCAACACCAAGAAGGUGGCUCCCCUCAAGAUCAAACUGGGAGGCUUCAACAGCAAGAGGAAACGCUCCUCGAGCGAGGAGGACGAGCCCGACGUGGACAGUGACUUUGACGACGCCAGCAUCAACAGCAUCUCCGUGUCGGACGGCUCCACCAGCCGCAGCAGCCGCUCCAAGAAGAAGCCCAAGAGCAAACCCAAGAAGAAGAAGGUGGAGACAGAGGAUGGGGACGGCUAUGAGACCGACCACCAGGACUACUGCGAGGUGUGUCAGCAGGGCGGGGAGAUCAUCCUGUGUGACACCUGUCCCCGGGCCUACCACAUGGUCUGUCUGGACCCCGACAUGGAGAAGGCCCCCGAGGGCACCUGGAGCUGCCCACACUGUGAGAAGGAGGGCAUCCAGUGGGAGGCGCGGGAGGAGGGUUCGGAAGGCGAGGAGGAGAGUGAGGUGAUGGGCGAGCCCGAGGAGGACGACCACCACAUGGAGUUCUGCCGCGUGUGCAAGGACGGCGGGGAGCUGCUGUGCUGCGACUCCUGCCCCUCCUCCUACCACAUCCAUUGCCUCAACCCGCCCCUGCCAGAGAUCCCCAACGGAGAGUGGAUCUGCCCACGAUGCACUUGUCCAAAUAUGAAAGGCAAAGUGCAGAAGAUUCUGACGUGGCGUUGGGGCGACCCCCCUCCCCCGACCCCCGUGCCCCGCCCACCAGAGCUCCCGGCCGACAGCCCUGACCCCGCCCCUCUGGCCGGCAGGCCCGACAGGGAGUUCUUUGCCAAGUGGAGCAACAUGUCCUACUGGCACUGCUCCUGGGUGUCAGAGCUGCAGUUGGAGCUCCACUGCCAGGUGAUGUUCCGGAACUACCAGCGCAAGAACGACAUGGACGAGCCCCCUCCCAUCGACUUUGGCGGCGAGGGCGAGGAGGACAAGAGCACCAAGAGGAAGAACAAGGACCCCCUGUACGCUAAGAUGGAGGAGAAGUUCUACCGCUUUGGCAUCAAGAUGGAGUGGAUGAUGAUUCACCGGAUCCUCAACCACAGCAUGGACAAGAAGAACAAUGUCCAUUACCUCAUCAAAUGGAAGGAUCUGCCCUACGACCAGGCCACCUGGGAGGCAGAGGACAUGGACGUCCCAGAGUUCGACAUCUACAAGCAGCAAUACUGGCACCACAGGGAGCUCAUGAUGGGAGACGAAGGGAAACCAGGGAAGAAGGUCAAGGUCAAGGGCAAGGUCAAGAGGCUGGACAGGCCGCCAGAGAACCCUGUGGUUGAUCCCACCAUCAAGUUUGACCGUCAGCCAGAGUACCUGGACUCGACGGGGGGCACCCUGCACCCCUACCAGCUGGAGGGCCUCAACUGGCUGAGGUUCUCCUGGGCGCAGGGCACCGACACCAUCCUGGCUGACGAGAUGGGCCUGGGCAAGACCGUGCAGACUGCUGUGUUCCUCUACUCGCUCUACAAAGAGGGCCACUCCAAAGGGCCGUUCCUGGUGAGCGCCCCCCUCUCCACCAUCAUCAACUGGGAGCGGGAGUUUGAGAUGUGGGCUCCGGACAUGUACGUGGUCACCUACGUGGGAGACAAGGACAGCAGGGCCGUCAUCAGGGAGAACGAGUUCUCCUUCGAGGACAACGCCAUCAGGGGAGGCAAGAAGGCCUCCAGGAUGAAGAAAGACUCGUCAGUCAAGUUCCACGUCCUGCUGACGUCGUAUGAGCUCAUCACCAUCGACAUGGCCAUCCUGGGCUCCAUCGACUGGGCCUGCCUGGUGGUGGACGAGGCCCACAGGCUCAAGAACAACCAGUCCAAGUUCUUCAGAGUGCUGAACAACUACCCCCUGCAGCACAAGCUGCUGCUGACCGGCACCCCUCUGCAGAACAACCUGGAGGAGCUCUUCCACCUGCUCAACUUCCUCACCCCCGAGAGGUUCAGUAACCUGGAGGGCUUCCUGGAGGAGUUUGCUGACAUCGCCAAAGAGGACCAGAUCAAGAAGCUGCACGACAUGCUGGGCCCGCACAUGCUCAGAAGACUGAAGGCCGACGUCUUCAAACACAUGCCUUCUAAGACGGAGCUCAUCGUCAGGGUGGAGCUCAGCCCCAUGCAGAAGAAGUACUACAAGUUCAUCCUCACUCGUAACUUUGAGGCCCUGAACACGCGAGGGGGAGGGAACCAAGUGUCUCUGCUCAACGUGGUCAUGGACCUGAAGAAGUGCUGCAACCACCCCUACCUCUUCCCUGUGGCUGCUAUGGAAGCGCCGAAGAUGCCUAACGGGAUGUACGACGGCGGCGCGCUCACUAAGGCUGCUGGGAAACUGACGCUGCUGCAGAAGAUGAUGCGGAAGCUGAAGGACGGAGGCCACCGGGUGCUCAUCUUCUCUCAGAUGACCAAGAUGCUGGACCUGCUGGAGGACUUCCUGGAAAAUGAGGGUUACAAGUACGAGAGGAUCGACGGAGGGAUCACUGGCGGCAUGAGACAGGAGGCCAUCGACCGCUUCAACGCUCCGGGAGCGCUGCAGUUUGCCUUCCUGCUGUCCACCAGAGCAGGAGGGCUGGGGAUCAACCUGGCCACGGCCGACACUGUCGUCAUCUACGACUCGGACUGGAACCCCCACAAUGACAUCCAGGCGUUCAGCAGAGCCCAUCGUAUCGGACAGAACAAGAAAGUGAUGAUCUACCGCUUCGUCACCAAGGCCUCGGUGGAGGAGAGGAUCACUCAGGUGGCCAAGAAGAAGAUGAUGCUGACCCACCUGGUGGUGCGGCCCGGCCUGGGCUCCAAGACGGGCUCCAUGUCCAAACAGGAGCUGGACGACAUCCUGAAGUUCGGCACCGAGGAGCUCUUCAAGGACGAGCUGGGAGAGGGAGACAACAAGGAGGAGGACAGCAGCGUGAUCCACUAUGACGACAAGGCCAUCGACCGCCUGCUGGACCGCAACCAGAGCGCCACGGAGGACACGGAGAUCCAGAGCAUGAACGAGUACCUGAGCUCCUUCAAGGUGGCCCAGUACGUGGUCAAAGACGAGGAGGAGGCGGAGGAGGAGGUGCAGCGCGAGGUGAUCAAGCAGGAGGAGAGCGUGGACCCAGACUACUGGGAGAAGCUCCUGAGGCACCACUACGAGCAGCAGCAGGAGGACCUGGCCCGCAACCUGGGCAAGGGCAAGAGGAUCCGCAAGCAGGUCAACUACAACGAUGGCUCCCAGGAGGACCGAGGUAGUAGACGGGCCGACUGGCAGGACGACCAGUCCGACAACAACUCUGACUACUCUGUGGCGUCCGAGGAGGGAGACGAGGACUUCGACGAGAGGGCAGAAGGAACCAACUCCCGCAGGCCUAACCGGAAGGGCCUGAGGAACGACCGGGACAAACCACUACCCCCCCUGCUGGCCAGAGUGGGAGGCAACAUUGAGGUGCUGGGCUUCAACGCGCGCCAGAGAAAGGCCUUCCUGAACGCAGUGAUGCGUUAUGGGAUGCCCCCUCAGGAUGCCUUUACCACCCAGUGGCUGGUCAGAGACCUGCGAGGGAAGUCUGAGAAGGAGUUCAAAGCGUACGUGUCUCUCUUCAUGAGGCACCUGUGUGAGCCCGGGGCAGACGGAGCAGAGACCUUCGCCGACGGCGUCCCGCGCGAGGGGUUGUCGCGGCAACACGUCCUCACGCGCAUUGGCGUGAUGUCACUGAUCCGCAAGAAGGUCCAGGAGUUUGAGCACGUGAACGGCCAGUGGUCCAUGCCCUGGAUGAUGGAGCUGGAGGAGAGUAAGAAGGCUGCUGCUGCCGCCGCCCACCCUGACUCCCCAGGGAAGACCCCCUCCACAGGCACCCCAGCAGACACCCAGCCCAACACCCCCGCCACAGUCCCCAAAACACCCUCCUCCACCACCGGCACCCCUGCAGACACCCAGCCAAACACACCCGCUGCAGUUGACGACGCCUCGAAGACGGAGGAGGCCGUGAAGGACGGAGAGAAGGAGGCGAAGAAGGAGGGAGAGGGCGAGAAGGAGGGCAAAGAGCCCGGCAAGACGGACGAGUCUGAGGUGAUUGCCAUCCCUGACGAGGACGAGAGGACUCCCCCUCCGGAAGAGAAGGAGAAGAAGGAAGAGAAGGAGGAGAAGGAGAAGGAGGGAGAGGAGCCCAUGGAGACGGACAAGGCUAGCGGCGGGGCGGAGAAGGAGAAAGAGAAGGAGAAAGAGGGGGAGAAUGACAAAGAGAAGGAUGGAGAGACUGCCGAGAAGAUGGUGGAGGGAGCGGAGGAGACCAAGUCUCCAGCUGAGACCAAGACGGAGGGGUCGGAGGUCAAAUCGGAAGAUUCCGAGGCCAAAGUAGCAGAGGAGAAGAAAGACGAGAAGACUGAAAAGAUGGACACCACUCCUGCCACAGAUGAAAAGAAAGAGCAAAAGGAGGAGAAGGAUGGCGUGAAGACGGAGGAGCCGGCCAAGCUGCCGAACGGAGACAGCGUCAAGGAGGGCGGGGCCGUGGUGGUGGCGGCGGCCGGAGGCAGCGAGGAGAAGAAGAAGGCCAAGACGAGGUUCAUGUUCAACAUCGCAGACGGAGGUUUCACAGAGCUGCACUCCUUGUGGCAGAACGAGGAGAGGGCUGCCACUGUCACCAAGAAGACCAAUGAGAUUUGGCACCGUCGCCAUGACUACUGGCUGCUGGCUGGCAUCAUACAACACGGCUACGCACGCUGGCAGGACAUCCAGAACGACGUCAAGUACGCCAUCCUCAACGAGCCCUUCAAGGGCGAGAUGAACCGAGGCAACUUCCUGGAGAUCAAGAACAAGUUCCUGGCCAGGAGGUUCAAGCUCCUGGAGCAGGCCCUGGUGAUAGAGGAGCAGCUGCGCAGGGCAGCCUACCUCAACAUGUCGGAGGACCCCUCCCACCCCUCCAUGGCCCUCAACACGCGCUUCAGCGAGGUGGAGUGCCUGGCCGAGUCCCACCAGCACCUCAGCAAGGAGUCCAUGUCUGGGAACAAGCCCGCCAACGCCGUCCUGCACAAAGUGCUGAAGCAGCUGGAGGAGCUACUUAGCGACAUGAAGGCGGACGUGACCCGUCUCCCGGCAACAAUCGCCAGGAUACCUCCUGUUGCCGUGAGGCUGCAGAUGUCGGAGAGGAACAUCCUGAGCCGGCUGGCCAGCAGGGGACCAGAGACACAGAGCCAGCAGGUACAUGCUCAGCAGAUGUCACAGCAGUAGCCUGUGGCCUAGGAGUGACCCUUCCCCUUCCCUUAACCACACCCCGCCUCACCACCUCGACAUUCCUGAUUGGCGCAGCAGACGAUGACUCCACCCAAGCUUGAAGCCACACCCCUUUUACCUUUACAUACGGACUUGCAGAGUUUCUAUUGGCUGACCCUUGGACGCUGUGGAAAUAAAUGCUAUUUUAUUUUUGUCGUUUUUUUUUUUUUUUCAAUUUCUGUAUUAAUAUUAUUGAUAUAAUGUUAUUAUGAUGGUUUUUUGGGACCUAAAUAAAAAUAUGUAAUAAAGUA